AUGAGUUAUGUGCGCCACACCACCGUAGUCGCCGUCUCCGUGCCAGUGCUUGUGAUCAUUCUGUGGGUGCCAGCAUUAGAGUCUUACAGUAUUCCCCAGCAACAGUCCACGCCGGUAUUCGGUAGCAGUUUGCUGAUACGGCCCAUAGCCACACCCGACCGGGGUAACAUCGAUGAGAGACAUUUCACACCGCGGAAGCUUCAAUCGCCGAAAUCACAACUGUUUAUACCCGAACAGUCACCGGCGGCGACGGUACCGGACAACGGAUUUGGUGGAUCGACCGAACAGGAUGGGAUCGACCGUAGCUACCGGAAGGUGAAGAAGGUCGUCAAACAUCGGCGCCAUCCGGUACCGCGGCGUAUUAAGCCCGGCUGGACGCACCGGAAGCGACGGUUCAAUCCGCAUAUCUUCACACCCUUCACCAAGUGGGGACCGUGCGAUCACUACUGCCACCAGAAGCGGGAACGGUACUGCAUCGCGAAGCGCAAAUGUGGCAAUCACAUCCAAACGGAGGAACGGAUAUGUCCCAAGAGCAUUUGCGUCCCGCUUCACAUUCCACCGAUACCGACCGUACACAUCGAAGAUACCAAGGAGGAGUAUCAUUCGUCGACGCUGCCGCUGAACCAGUUCACGAUCGUCAACUUCGACGGGCACGUGCAGAAGCAGCUGCAGCAGCACGGUAAAAAGAAGAAAAAGAUCAUCAUCCAGGAGGACGACGAGCUGGACGAUUCGGACAGUGACACCGAUUACGUUAUACUGAAGAGUCCCGCCUCGUCUAAGUAUCCGUCGUUCCAUCGCAAGGAGGAGCUGCUGUCCCAGAUGAUCAAGGGUAAACCGUUGCUGAUCAACCUGGACGAUUUCGACGACAAGCGCAUACUGUCGCCAAACCUUGCGCUUGCCCCACACUACGACAAUGGGUACGAAACGGCCGCCCAUAAGUUUGUCAAGUAUCCGAGACACCAACCGCAUCAGUAUCAUCUGCCGCGAAGGCAACCGUCAAAGUUGAGUGACUAUUUUGAGGAUUACUACGAUCAUCUUUACCGCGACGGGACGGGGUUCUCCAACCGCAAGGGUGAAGAAUAUCCCGAUGCUGGCGAGCAGGAAGAAUGGCGUCCAGUUGUUCCGCUGGCAGCGAACGUCAGCAAGCAUCGGGCCGGUGCUGAUGGAUCGCAACGGUUAGAUAGGAAUUAUGGUGCCAUUUUCCAGCACACUACCGAGUCGGCGGAGGCAAAGUUGAUGACUAAUGCCACCAGCACACAGCGAUAUCAACAGCUGCUGGAGUCUUUCUCCACCGUCACUACGGACAUGGGCGAGGGUCGUUACGCCAAGCGUGAAAUUGAUCAAGAAUCCAUCGGCUUCUCAUCGAACGAAGACGAAGAAGCGCAAGGGAAGAUGCUCAAGUCCGGACCGAGUAUCACCCAGCGGAAGGCACGCGAAAAGGCGGUGUUCGAGAUGCCCCGUAAGGUGGAGAAUCCCUACACGAAGUGGAGCAAAUGGACCAAAUGCACGGCCAAGUGCACAACACGGAGAUUGAAACGUUGCCGAAUACCUUCCUUCUGUGGGAACGAUGUCAUACGGGAGAUCGCCUACUGCUACACCGAGGGCAGCUUUUGUGAGGAGUGGAUCGGGAAUCAGCUGUACCAGAACAGUCGCAACAUUAUUCUUCCGCCGGCGAUUCCACCUUCCACUAGCACGACCACUACUACCACCACCACAACAACGACGACGCCCCGACCCACCCGACCGAGACGACCGCAUCCGAAUGGGUUGAGCCGAAGCGACACGGUAUCGCUUCCAGCCUCGAUCUCUGCCCAGAUAUUCUCCAACCGCCGUGGUCUGCUGCAGCCGGAGUACAUGCCGCAGCAGCUGACCUGCGGUUUGCCGAUGGUGCGUGACAAGCCAAAGAAGAACUAUCUCUACAACAUGCUGCGAAUCAUUGGCGGUAAAACGAGCCGCCGAGGACAGUGGCCCUGGCAGGUGGCCAUUUUGAACCGGUUUAAGGAAGCUUUUUGCGGUGGAACUUUGGUAUCUUCCCGGUGGAUCCUAACCGCCGCUCACUGCGUUCGAAAGCGGUUGUUCGUGCGGCUGGGCGAACACAAUCUCCAGCAAUCGGAUGGUUCGGAGAUCGAGUUCCGUGUCGAGCUAAGCAUAAAGCACCCCCGGUACGAUAAGAAAACGGUUGACAAUGAUGUGGCACUGCUGAAACUACCGCGCGAGGUGGAGCGAUCGAACUUCAUUGGCUACUCGUGCCUUCCGGAACGAUAUCAGGCCCUGCCGACCGGGCACACGUGCACCAUCAUCGGUUGGGGAAAGAAGCGGCACAACGACGAUGCCGGUACGGACAUACUGCACGAGGCGGAAGUGCCGAUCGUGCCGAAUGAACGGUGUCGGGCCGUGUACCACGAUUACACCAUCACGAAAAAUAUGUUCUGUGCGGGACACAAGCGCGGCCGGAUAGAUACGUGUGCCGGUGACUCCGGUGGUCCGUUGUUAUGCCGCGACUCCACUAAGAUAAACAGUCCCUGGACCAUCUACGGUAUAACGAGCUUCGGCGAUGGCUGCGGGAAGCAGAACAAGUUUGGCAUCUAUACGAAGGUGCCGAACUAUGUCGAUUGGAUUUGGUCGGUUAUCAACUGCGAUGGAAACUGUCGAACGUGA